GGCGGACCUCCCUCGGGGAAUAUCCAAUCAACGGUCUCUGUCGCCGGCGGCGGUGGAUCACGUGGGCCCCCGCCCGUUGGUCCCGGAAGGAGCUGCGGCCGCAGGAGCCCGAAGCCCGGGAGCUGAAGCCAGGGAGGGAGGACCUGUCUGUGGCCCUGAAGGUCAUCACUGGCCCUGAAGGUCAUCACCGUCACUGUUGUCCAAUGGCCUUCAUCAGGACUGCUUGAUUUCAGAGGGUGCUCCAGCUUCUUCCAUCCUUAUUUGGCCUUGACUCAGCCCCACCUCCCUGGAGUCCCACACACGCAUGAGAGAAAAGGGGACAUUGUAUUCAAGGACACAGGAACAGGCCUGGACGUUGGGAUGGAGGCCAGGACCACAGGCCUUGCUGAUGGUGAUGGGGGUCUGCGGGUGAAAGUACGCCCCAUGGCCCCAGGGGAUAAGGCUGCAGUUGGGGAGUUCUUGGCAGUGGUGGCAGCGGAGCUGGGGUCAGCUCUUGGAGCCCGGAUGCUGUGGCGGCCGUGGUUCCUGCUGCUGCUAGGGUGUGGCUUUGCCCUCCUGGCAGCCUCAUCCCGCUCCCUGUUGCUGCCCUUGCUGGUCUUGGCGCUGUUUCUGGCAGUUGGCCGCCCCGCGUUGGCCCAUGUUUGGGCUCUGUAUGCCCACCGAGACAUGAGCCUGGGUGUGGGGGCUCCAGGGGCCACAGGCUUUCAGUUCUGGGUGGCUGAGGAUGCAGGUGGCAGUGUGGUGGGCAUGGUCGGUGUGUCAGGGGUUGGGGAAAGUGGAGAUGGGGAAUUGGAGCUGAGGUCCCUGGCUGUGGGCCCAGAGCAUCGGGGUCAUGGGGUGGGCAGGGCCCUGUGCCAGGCGGUGCUAUGCUUUGCCCGUGGCUGCUCUGGCUGCCGGGCCGUGGUGCUGGACACACACAUGCUCCAUAGCCCUGCCCAGAGGCUCUUCUCCAGCCUUGGCUUCCAUCCAGGCCCUGCGUGCCUGCAGCCUACACUUAGUGGAUUCCUGGCCGACCUCCCUGUCACUCGCUAUCAUUAUGCUCUGACUGGCAACAACACUGAAGAUAACAGCCCGGCGGGUGAGGACUAAACCUUCUACUUGUCAGCCAGGGGACCGAGCCUCCCACCCACCCAUCUGCCAGCCCAGAUAUGCCUCUGUGCUGAGUCUCCUGGGGAUGGAGGUGCUUAUGCCAACUCUGCAGGCUUGGGAGAUGGGUGAUGAGCAUGUGAUAGGGGGUGGGGUUAGACUUGUGAGGUCGGGAGGAUGACUAGGGCUUAGAUGUGGUGAUGGGUGAGCAUCAGGGUCAGAUGGGUCUCCUGGAAACAACUAGAAGGGGCCUGAGCUGAGAAACCCUGGGAAGCUGGAGAGGGCAUUCUGCUCAAUCUGGCAUCUGAAAAACAAUACGAAGGGUUUCAGCCAUCUGCAGGGGAAGUGGGACGGUCACCAUGCCAUACAAGGUGUGGCUGAAAGACCCUAAUAGUCAGAGCUGCCCCCAAUGGGAUGUGCCAGCUGGGGAGACAGUGGAUUCAUCAUUUGUGAGGGGCCUUAAAUAGAGGCUGAGCGGUCACAUGUCAGAGCAGUAAGGGGGCGGGCGGAAUCGCUGCACCUGAAGGGGUUGUUCUGGUUGCCCUCUCAGCUUUUUCCUAAUUCUCAGAUUCUGGGACGAGGGGGCUGAUCUUACUUACACCCAGCACAUAGUUAAUAAAUACUUGUUGGAUUGGGGCUUGAACAAGGCCUAAGAAAAUAAAACUAUUCCCUACCCACUGAGCUCUGCCUCUCUCUGUUGGAGACUUUUCAGAAGAUCGUUGGAGAUGAAAAUGGGUAUCUGGUGCCCUCCCUUCUCUUAGAGAUAUUGGGUCUGGAUGUGCCCACAUCAUCCUCCCUGCCCCAUCUAGGCUGGUAAGCCUGGACCUGCGAAGCCCCCAACCUUGGGCCUUAAGUUUCACUGAGUAGAACCAGUUCCCAGGGAUCCUCCCCUAGGUUCAUCCAGAGGACUGUUGCUCAGGACUUCCACUUUUCCCAUCUGUGGGUCCUCCACCACUCCAACCCUGAAGGCUGCCUGGCUCCUGGGACUUCCCAAGGGGGCCUGCUGUGGUAGAAAGACAGGAAUUUGGAGUUGAGUGCAUUGUGGGCAUCUUGACUCUGACUCCUAGGAAGGGGUGAGUACAAUGGCGAGGGAGAACUGGGCCCUGCACACGGGAGGCGUCUCUUAGGUACUUGUUGGAUUGAAGAUUGUGACAUCUCUCCCCUCCUAGCUUCUGUCAAAAGGAGAGUAGUAAGGCCUCUCCUAUCCAGAACUAACUUGGCAUGUCUUGAGCAAAGAGCUUUGUAAGUCAAUUAGCAAACACCAGGAACUGUGCUAGAUGCUGGGCUGAGUGAUCACAUAUCUGCAGACAAAGAAUGGGAUGUGAGCCUCAGAGUGCCCGAGAAAUGGACGUUCUGUUUGUUACUCUUGUCAUUGAUUAUCGUGUGCUGCUGCCAUCUGCUGGUGCCUGAUUCUAACAUCUCCAUCCUUUUUUCCCUUCUCUCUCCUGUCCCUGGGGCCUCAUGGCAAACUGUAGGCAUUGCCUAUGGUUUAUUUUUUAGAGGAUAGACUCAGGAUAAUACAUUGGGGUAAAUCAUUAGAUGUAAGUCAUAGAUAAACAAAUACCCCACCCCAGACUGAGCAGCCCCCAAGUCUGGCCCAGGGGGUUUUCCCAGCCUUGGGUGCUCCAGAGGUCACCUACCCCCUUCCCUACCUCAGAAAAGGCAGAAUGGGCAGCUCAUCUCCCAAAAGGCUGCAAGUAUGGGCCAGAUUGGGUCUGAUGGGCUGAGCUCUUUAUCUGUUCAGAAAUAUUGGGCAUCUUAGUCGAUUAGGGUCUCUUGUCUUCCCUGUCCCUUCAUGGGAAGCCCCCUCCAUCUCUUUUGAGCUAGCCAUUGGAUCCUUUUUACAGGUCUAGAAUAGGGGCUGGGGUUUCUGGAGGCCUCUGUGUUCUUGGACUUGUCCCUGAUCCACAUCUGCCAUUGGCCAGGGCUGUGGUGGCUCUGGGUGGGGCGCACAUUGAAUCCAGCUGGCUCUGGGCCCCUGGGGUGACCCUGGGAAAAUGUCAGGGAGCCAGGGUCAGGAGAAAGCCACAUGGGAGUAGAACCAGGACAGGGAGCAUCUGUGAAGUAAACCUGUCUCUGUUUACUCCAGCUUAGGUCCUUGUUUGUGCAAUGGUGGUACAAGAAGUGGUAACCCAUAAGCCCACUAGGCAGGCCCUCCAGACCAAGGAGGCGGGGCACUAAACCCAGACCUGACACAUGUGUUUUGAUAGGAAGGAUAAGCUCAUGUGGACCACUAAAAGAGACGCUUCUGGGAAGGACUGUUCAGUAUGGAACCUUUUCCUAGUGCACGAUUCCUCAAUCUGUAAUUUUCUUUUUCCUUGUAAAU